UUGGAUGAGACGAUAAACCUCUGCCCAGUUUGCUGCUGUCGUUUUCAGCAAGGCUCAUAGUAUCGCAAAGCGCCUCGUCAUCCGCCCGUCCCGUCGAUAUGACUGCGCAAACUGCUCAAGGGCUCACGCCAGAACAGCUCGCUUUCUUCAAUGACAAUGGAUAUCUCCUGAUACCGGACGCGCUAUCGCAAGAUACGGUCAAACAGCUCCUAGAUGAUACCAACAAGAUGCUCAACGACUUCUCGCUGGACGACCAUCCUAUGACCAAGUUCUCAACAGGCGGCGAGGACGGCGCAGACCAUGUGGGAGACAGCUACUUCCUAGACUCUGGAGACAAAAUGCGCUUCUUUUUCGAAGAGGACGCCUUUGACAAGUCCGGCUCUCUAACAAAGCCCAAACAUCGCGCUAUCAACAAGAUUGGCCACUACCUGCACGAGCUGUCUCCUUCGUUCCGCAGCAUCUCCCUCUCCGAUCGCAAUGCCGCAAUUGCCGCCUCGCUAGGGUUCCGCGACCCACGGGUCCUGCAAUCCAUGGUCAUCUGCAAGCAACCCGAGAUUGGCGGUGCCGUGCCACCACACCAGGACAGCACUUUCCUGUAUACCGAUCCGCCUAGCGCAGUUGGCUGGUGGUAUGCGCUCGAGGACGCGACACAAGAGAACGGGUGUCUGAGCUUUGCUGCUGGGAGCCAUAAGCGAGCUGCUAUUGACAAGAGGUUUGUCAGGACGGGCAAUGGAACUGGCUUUAUCGACAACGAUGGGUCCAAGUUUCCGAAAAGCAUAACGCCAGAGAGCGAAAAGGGCUACGAGAUGGUGGAGAAGGAGGAAAAGUACGCCAUGGGCGAGGUCAAGGCCGGAACCCUGGUUCUCAUCCACGGCAAUAUCCUCCACAAGAGCGAGAAGAACACGAGCGAGAAGAGCAGGAACAUUUACACAUUCCACGUAAUCGAGGGCGAGCAGAAGUAUGACGAAAAGAACUGGCUGCAACCGCCGGCGCAGGGCUUCUCCAAGUUGUUCCGGGAACAGGCGGAAGCGGCGAAUGGAGCCAACGGGGCGGAUUCGAGUAAUAGACUUGCAAAGGACUGGUAGAUGUAUUAUUGCGAAAGCGCAUGUCGACUAUGACUUGCUUUGUACACAUAAGCCAAUGCCCCCGAGCACAAGUGCCAUGCCUAUCCAGGUAUCU